CGAUGACAUCGAAGAAGCGAUCACACCCGCACACCUUAUUAUCGGGCGUAGAUUGUUGAAUUUACCUGACGGUGUAGUUCGAGAAGAAAACUUUGACGGUGAAAGCGGUAAGGAAGCAGUUCAAAGACGUGCAACGUACGUCGCGAAGAAAAUUCAACAUUUUUGGCAACGGUGGAAGCGCGAGUACCUUGUUGACAUUCGUGAGUUUCAUCGUCCGAAAAAGGGUAAUACUAGCACGUCACCUGUUCAAGUCGGGGAUAUUGUUUCGAUUCGGGAUGAGUCGCAGUUGCAACGAGGAUUGUGGUCGAUGGGCAAGGUCGAGAGACUCGUGACGGGCAGAGACGGUAACGUUAGAGGUGCUCGAGUUCUUCGCGUGAAAAACGGUAAAAGAAAUAUAAUCGACAGACCUUUACAAAAACUCUAUCCAUUGGAGAUACGGUGCGCAAACACGGAAGAAGACAAGGUAAAGCCAGCGCGCGGAGACGAAGGUAAGAUUGAAACGUUUGAACGGACAACGCCCAAGAGGGCUGCGGCAGUUAUUGCUAACGACCGGAUUGGCCAGUAUUUCGAGGACGAAUAG